GGUUUAGCCGCCCGUAAAGAGCUCCCCUCCGAGUCGACAUUAAUUAUGUCGGCGACGAUGAGCACCGAUACAGAACCCUAUGAACUUCUGACCUCAACCAGAUACGACCUACAACUCUUAGGACUGGAAUGGAACACCGUCGCGAACGAUGAUACUCCUUCUGCGUAUAUGCUCCUGCCCUAUCACAUAGAUCGGCUCCGUGAUGCUGCAAAACAGCAUGGAUGGACGAAUUGUCUAGAUGGUCUCACUGAGGACGCUCUGCAGGAGGCCUGUGACGCUGCUGUAGAAGCCGCAUCUGAAGAACAUCCGGGAAAACCAUUUAGAGUAUGUCAACAUCUCUCGCCGAUCACACAAGUUGUUGAAGCUAUUGGGUUUUCAAAGGUACGAGUAACUCUAUCUCGUGCCGGUCGUCUUUCUGCGACAGCUUUUCCUGUUGAACCGCUACCUACAUCGGAUCCACUUGAGCCAAGCAGUGUUCCCGAACACGUUUUCCGUCUGGAUACUGAACCAACAGAACCAUCCUUGUACACAUCCACCAAAACCACACGGCGUGGGCAUUAUGAUGCUGCCCGAGCUCGCACCAAUCUACCGCUUUUAACCACUCCUGCGGGACGAUAUUCGGACGUAAUUUUACACACUCCAGCAGGCGAGCUUUCUGAAACUUCUAUACGGAAUCUCGCAAUCCGGAGAGAUGGCCAGUGGUUGACUCCCAAUGCAAAGAGCUCAGGAUGCUUAUCAGGAGUCAUGCGACGCUUGUUAUUGGAACAAGGAAAGUGGAUCGAAGCGGCGGAAGGGCAGUUGCGCAAAGACGACCUUGUCGAUGGUGAGAUCGUGAUGACCGCUAACGGAGUUGAAGGCUGUCGUUUGGGCACCGUCGUGCUGCAUUCACGCUGAUAGUCAAUAUUUAUAAAUAUUCAAAAGUCCAUAUACCCAACAAAUCGCCUAUGAAUAAAGAAGAAAUGUCCAAUCUCAUACCAUGUUGGAGGCAUCCGAUGAACCCGAGCCAAAGAUACCAGAAAGAGAAACAUACUCGCGCAACCUCUCGAUCACACCUUUCUCCUCAUA